AUGCCACUGAGUUCGCGGACCCAGUGGCGGCCCUGGAGGGCAGGGAGGCGUCCGCGGGGGCGCGGGGGCGGGUGGCCCGCGGGCGAGGGGCGGGGCGGAGGUGCCGGUGGGCGGGGCGGGCCGCGGUGGGCGGGGCGGGCCGUCUGCGCAGCCGCCGGAGCCUUUAAGCCCGGCCUCGCGCGGUCGCAGCGUGCUUUCCCCGCCCGGGAGCUGCCCGCCGCUGGUCCUCCGCGGCGUCCCCGCAUCCCCGCCCUCCGCGCCCCUCACCCCAUCCCCGGCUCGCCUCGCUCCGCCUCGGCGCCGCCGCGAUCCCGGGCAAUGCCCCGCUACGAGUUGGCUUUGAUUCUGAAAGCCAUGCGGCGGCCAGACACUGCUGCUGCUUUGAAGCGUACCAUCGAAUUCCUGAUGGAGCGAGGAGCCAUAGUGAGGGACCUGGAAAACCUGGGCGAGCGAGCGCUUCCUUACAGGAUCACCAGCCACAAUCAGAAGCACAGAAGAGGCGGGUAUUUCUUGGUGGAUUUUUAUGCCCCAACAAGUGCUGUGGAAAACAUCCUGGAACACUUGGGGCGAGACACUGAAGUGAUUAGACCAAAUAUUGUGAAACACCCUCUGACUCAGGAAGUGAAAGAGUGUGACGGCAUAGUCCCAGUCCCACUUGAUGAAAAACUGUAUUCAACAAAGAGGAGAAAUAAGUGAGAAGAGUCACCAGAUUUUGGCCUUUUAUUUAAUUCUAAGUGCACCCUGGGUAGGAUGCUCUGGCCUAUGACCUUUUGCUGCCAGAGGUGGGAACUGCUCACCAUACCUGCCCUCUUAUCGUGGGUGUGAGUUCAUCAGCAUUGUAGGAUGUGUCUGUGGGGGUGAUCACACCACUGCAGCAUUUUUAAGAGCAAAAUAUUUGUCAUUUGCCCUCAGUUGUUUGGCAAACCUAUGUGGAAAACAGAGAGCGGAGUAAUAAACACGGCUUCACCAA